CGCUGCUGUGUCCGAGAAACGGGCAACAAGUCUGUUAGAGGGAAACUGUGAAUUAGAAAAAUAAAGGCCGAAGUACGACUGUUUGGAUUAAAACUAGCACUUUGAGCUGGAUUGAGCCGCGGAAGGAGUACGUGGACGAACAGAGUGAAGGUAUCAUGGCCACCCCGUUUGCGGAGCUGCCCUCCUAGAAUUGCCUGAUACAUAGAGAUACAUACCUGCGCAUCCCUGGAAUCCACACAAACACACCCACCUUUUACUCGUGGUGUGUGAGGAAUGACAACCUCCCAUCUGAACGGCCAUGUUGCUGGGGAGGGAGGAGGUGGAGGAGGAGUAGGAGAUGAAGAGCUGAGGGGAGGACAGCAGCACCGGGAAAUGGCCGUCGACUGUCCGGGAGAGCUGGGUAGUCGAACGCUACCGGUCCGACGAUCUGCGCAGCUGGAGAGGAUACGACAGCACCAGGAGGAUCUCCGUCGCCGUAGAGAAGAGGAGGGUCGGCAGCUGGACCUGAACGCAUCGCUCCGACUCAGGAAGCUCUCCCAGCAUCCCCACAUCGGCAUCGACAACCCCACAUUCCUGCAAGACUCAUACACACCACAGCAGCCAGCACUCGGCAGCCAGCACACACACGCUCUGCUGGAGUUGGAGGAGUUGCUGCUGUCACUGAAGCAGGUCCGGGGCUGCCUUACCGACCAGCAGAGUCAGAAUGACAUAGAGCUGGUUCUUGCACUACUAAACAAGUCUGACUUCCAGUCAGCACUGAAGAUCCAUAAUGCGGUGGCCUCCAGCAUGCACCGACCCUCUCCUCCAUACCCACACACACAGCAGGCACUUCCGCUGGCCAUGGAGGUCAGGAAUCUCAUCCAGCCAAGUCAGAACAAAGAGGGACUCGAACUACACAGCCUGCUGACAGAUACACACAUCCAGUCAUUGCUCCUGGCCCAUGACAGCAUAGCAGAGAGGGAAAUGCAGCCUGAGCCUCUGCCCGCCCAAGGAGAAACACUGACCCAGUGGGGAGGGGAGACUGUCAAGAUAGUUCGCAUAGAGAAGGCCCAAGACAUACCUCUGGGGGCGACCGUUCGUAAUGAAAUGGACAGUGUGGUGAUCAGUCGUAUCGUUCGAGGGGGAGCAGCUGAACGGAGUGGACUCUUAUCAGAAGGAGAUGAAAUACUGGAGAUAAAUGGCAUCGAGAUCAGAGGGAAAGAUGUCAACCAAGUCUUUGAUAUUCUUGCGGACAUGCACGGCCUCCUGACCUUUGUGCUCAUUCCCAGCACUCAGAGCAAACCUCCUCCUGUCAAAGAGAAUGUGGUCCACGUGAAGGCACAUUUCGACUACGACCCGUCAGAUGACCCCUACGUGCCGUGCAGAGAGCUGGGCUUGUCCUUCCAGAAAGGAGAUAUUCUUCACAUCAUCAGUCAGGCAGACCCUAAUUGGUGGCAGGCCUACAGGGAUGGAGAUGAGGAUAACCAGCCACUAGCUGGACUGGUACCAGGAAAGAGUUUCCAGCAGCAAAGAGAAGCCAUGAAACAGACCAUAGAAGAAGACAAGGAGCCUGAGAAGUCUGGGAAGCUGUGGUGUGCGAAGAAGAACAAGAGGAAGAGAAAGAAGCUGCUGUACAACGCUCACAGGAAUGAUGAUGUUGACAAUGAGGAGAUCCUCACCUACGAGGAGAUGGCUUUGUACCACCAGCCGGCCAAUAGGAAGCGGCCGAUUGCACUGAUUGGUCCAACCAGCUGCGGGCAGGCUGAGCUUAGACAGAGACUGCUCAACAACCAACCAGAGCGCUUCGCUGGAGCUGUCCCUCACACCACACGGAGCCGUCGAGAAGGCGAGCUGAGUGGUCGAGAUUACCACUUUGUGUCUCGUCAGACCUUUGAGGCAGAGCUGGCAGCAGGAAAGCUGAUCGAAUCUGGUGAGUUUGAGAAGAACCUGUACGGGACAAGUACAGACUCUGUAAGACAGGUCAUCAACACUGGAAAAAUCUGUGUGCUCUGUCUGCACACACAGGCUCUAAAGGUGCUGAGAAGUUCAGACUUGAAGCCUUACAUCAUCUUCAUAGCUCCGCCCUCCCAGGAAAGACUCCGAGCCCUAUUGGCUAAAGACAACAAAAACCCCAAGCCGGAGGAGCUGCGCGAUAUCAUCGAGAAAGCCCGGGAGAUGGAGCAGAGCUGCGGUCACCUGUUUGACGCCGUCAUCGUCAACCUGGACCAGGACAAAGCCUACAACGAGCUGCUACGACUCAUCAACAAACUGGACACUGAGCCCCAGUGGGUGCCCUGCUCCUGGCUGCGCUGACAACACACACACACACACACACCAGUCAUAGAGUAGACAGUGGAGUACACAUUUCUAGACAUUUAACUAACUGGAACAUGAAAUGCUGUGUGACAAUUACAGCAGAGUAUUAGAGCCACUGUUAGUCACAAUGUUAUGAGAUAAAAUGGAAUUUUAUGAGAAAAUACAACUAUACUGCAAAAAAAGAAAACGUAAUGCUAAAAUCAUAAUGCUACAAGAUGAGAAUGAGUACAACCAUAAUAUUACAAAAUAAUUUUAUGAGGAAAGGUCAUACUAUUGUGAAAAUUUGUUUAAAAUAACUUUUACAAAAAGACAAGUCAUAAUAUUACAAAAUAAAGUUUUGAUUUCACCUGGAAAAAAGUAAUAAUAUUAUAUAAUAGUCAUAAUAUUGCAGGGAAAUGUGGUUUUUCUGGGAACAAAGUGCUGUGUGUUAUGAUAAAUUGGAUUGAUUAGUACAUCCUGACAGUCUUUAUAUUGAUCCUGACUGACUGAGCUCAGUUCCACGCAGAGCAUAAUGUCCACUCAGCGUUCUGGCUGCCUGCCAUAAAGCACACUGGACUACAUUCUGAUGUCAUGAACAUGUGUUCUGUGUGCUCUGUGGUCCAGCAGCUGCCUCUAGCACAUCCAGCUGUGGGAUGUAUGCAUCACCUAAUUGGUUUCAUGAUAUUAGGGUCCUUAUUGAUGAAAGCUAUAACCUCAGGUCAUCAAUAUUCCCUCAGUUGACACAGAAAAGCUAACUACUUUCCAUUUUACAACUUAAUUAACUUUUUGUAAAUCUGUGACUUAAUUCAGUUUGUUCUCAAAAUUACCACCAUGUUAUAAUACUUAAAUAUUACACAUUUUCUGAUGAUAAAGUAGACUGCAUUGUAUCACUUGAUACUAUGAAAGUAGUAUAGUAAAAAAUAUAGCUUUAUCUUGAAGUAUUUAAACUUUAAACUCAGAAAGUUACAACUUUCUUGUAAUAUUUUGACUACAACUACAACUUACAGUAUUUGGACAACUUCAACAAUAACGUAACAUUUUCUCAUGAAACUAUGACUUAAUUGUACGUCUGUAAUCCCAACAUUUAUUUUAUCUUCAGAAUAAAUUCUGGUAAUAUGACUUUACUCUCCACAUUGUAAUAUUACAACUGUAUCUCAUUAAUACACUAAUUCUAUUUUUAUUCAUAAAACUGCAACUUUAUGUUAGUUCUUCUCAUAAAAUUCCGGCUUUAUUCUUCGAGUACGGACAUUUUGUCUGGAUAUCUCAGCUGCUAUUGACCCUGAUACUCUGCCGUAGUGUGGAGGGGAGACACUGAGCACACUAUAAGCAUCUUCUAGAAUGUAUUGACCUGGUGGCACUGGUAAUGAUAAAUACAUACAAUUGAAAGUUUUUGUCUGUUGAGGAAACCCUCAACAAACUUAUCUUGUGCCUAACUGGUCCAUAAUGUUUUUAUUCAGCAGUGACAUUUAUAUGAUGCUGAUCUCCUCCUUAUCGUCACAGUUCUUAGUGAGAACAAAAUAUGGACCUGGAAACACUUUUUUUUAAUCUUUUACUUUAAAAGUUCCUUCUCAGAAAUAUGGGGCGUCAUUCCUGAUGACUUUAUCCUGUGAUCAUUUCAACCAUUAUGAUUAAAUAUUUAAAUUAAGACAGUCAAUUAUUUUAUUAUUAUUUGAACUUUUUUGCUGUGCCGAGAAUCAGUGUAAACAUUUGAUUUUUGUAUUCCAGCUUCUUAAUUUUUUUAAAUUAAACAACUCCGGCUUGGCGCUGGUCCCGAGCACAAAACGUGUGCACGAGGCCCCUGGUGUGGAGUAAAUGUGAAAAUCACACACAGACACACGUCAAGUACAAAUCCACACUGAGCCACCGCAUUUAUUGCUAUGAAGAACACUCACUAACACGCAUUGUGUACUUACUGUACACACCACAACAGUGCAUUAGAUGCUGACUGCCUCUGUACUGGGGAGCCUUCUGAACCCUGACUGACUGACUGACUGACUGACUGACUGACGGCUGGUUUCUCACCAGCACUGUACACUAUUGCAAUAAACACUAAAAUAAAGGACACAGCACUUCCUGGCUGUCUUUCUGUCCCGUCUGAUCACAUUUGAGUAGAAAUGAGCCUGAGGGGUGACGAAAAACCUGAAAGUUGUAGUUUUUAGUCGUGUUCCUGAUCGGCACAUGAUGCUGCGUUUAUUAUUAUAUAUUAAGUGUGCGUUUGUGUGUGUGUGAGUGGACGUAUGUGUGCGUGUGUGUGCCUGUCUUUGAAGACGGUGAAGUAUUAUUGUGACCCGAAGUAGACCUGACACCAUAUCACUGUUAUCACUGGGUAGAGCAUUUAUAUAUUUGUAAUAAUAAAAAUAGAUUUAUGAAGUCCAGAAAGCACCAAUAGGAUUGCAGGUUUUGCCUCCCUGCCAUUGGUCCAGGAGGAAGAGGUGGGUGUGGCUAAGUGGAAUUAAUUGUAUUGAAUGUAAAGUUUAUUGAUACCACUUCUUGUUUAUCAGACAUCACUUCUUCCUGACAAAAUCUGCUUUUUGUAUGAACAUCACAAUGAAUAAAUAAAUAGAUUGAUUGAUAGAAAA